AUGACUUCACAUGGUGAAUGUGCUGGAUUAGGGAAAGGACAGUGGAAAGAAGAGGAUUUUGCAAACUUUUGGGAUCAUUAUAAUAUUGCACAAAAAUGGAUUGGAAUUGAGAUGGCAUGGAAACAUUGGAACAAUGGACGUGUUAAUAAUGAUGCUCCACAAAGCAGUAAAAGCAUGCAAAGUCUUUCAGAUUCUGAUUUGACUCCAGAAGUGGUCGACUUUUUGCGUAAAUCCAUUGAUCAUCGCAAACAACGUGAUGAACAUAAACGGAUUGAAACAGCGCUUGCUAAUUCUAUGAAUAAAGGGUUGGAGUAUCGUGAUGCUACUACUGUUGGACGGUUGGGAAAUUUUCGCUCAUCAAAUCGGUCAACCAUGUCUCAUCAGAAUGGCCAAAAGAAAGCACUUUAUGGGGAGCCAGCUUUUUUGAAGUUGAGAGAGCAGGAAUUGUCAAUUCAAGAAAAUUUUAAUAAGCAAGUAAAUGAAAACAAGCCACAAACUUGGCCUAAUAUUCCAAUGCGCUUUUGA